AUCAUAAACCAGAAAAGCUGCCAAACCUAUUUUUUUCCCUUCUAACCCUAAAAGGGCCGGCCUCAAAUUUCCCCAGACAUUGCAUCUCCUCCUCCGAUUCUCUCCGCCGUUCCUCCGGUAUCGUCUUCUCCGCCUGAUUCCACCUUCCUUUUCUCCAGAACCGAAUCAAUUGUACCGGAAUCUCCCCUCUUUCCCCCGAAACCGAUUACUCCGUAACCGGGCCACAACCUGCAAACCAGAAAAAAAAAGGUAAAGAUGGAGCCAGAGCUGGAACCUGUAGCUCUCACACCUCAGAAGCAAGACAAUGCGUGGAAGCACUGCGAAAUCUACAAGUACGGUGACCGGCUCCAGAUGAGGUGUCUCUACUGCCGCAAAAUGUUCAAAGGCGGCGGUAUCACUAGGGUUAAGGAGCAUCUCGCCGGUAUCAAGGGACAGGGAGUGAUCUGCGACCAGGUUCCCGAAGAUGUCAGGCUCUUCUUGCAGCAGUGCAUCGAAGGAACCGUGAGGCGUCAGAGGAAGAGACGGCAUGCAAGCUCGGCCGAGCCUUCGCCCUUGCCUUUGUCUGCGCCUGCUUUGCCUCCUUGUGAAGCUGAGCCGAUGAUGAUGGUGGUUCAGUCUGAUGUCAACAACGGGUUUACAUCGCCUCCUGGAAGUAGUGAUGUAGUUGAGGGAGUGUCGGGUGGUGGCAGGACGAAGCAGAGGCCUUACAGGAGGAAGAAGACUGCUUUUUUUGAGAAUGGUAGUGGGAGCAACAACAGUGGCUUGAUUGGUUCAGACAUGGACAAUAAUCUGGUCCCCGUGGCGAUUAGCAGCGUGAAGAACAUUCUCCCCGCAGCUUCUAAAGAUAGGGAGAACGCGGUUCAUAUGGCCGUGGGACGGUUUCUGUUUGGUAUGGGAGCUGAUUUCGAUGCGGUGAGCUCUACUAAUCUCCAACCGAUGAUCGAUGCCAUUGCCUCUGGAGGAUACGGUGUGUCUGCACCGACGCAAGGUGAUCUUCGAAGCUGGAUACUGAAGAGUUGUGUGGAGGAAACGAUGCAAGAAGUUGAAGAGUGCAAAGCGAUGUGGAAGAGGACUGGCUGUUCAAUCUUAGUCGAGGAGUUGAGCUCUGAUCAUAAAGGCCUUAGAGUCCUUAACUUUUUGGUCUACUGUCCUGAAAAGACAGUCUUCCUGAAAUCGGUGGACGCGUCUGAGAUCUUAUCUUGUGCUGAUAAGUUGUUUGAGCUGCUUAGGGAAGUGGUUGAAGAAGUUGGCAAUACUCAUGUCGUUCAAGUGAUUACAAAGUACGAAGAUCACUACGCUGCUGCUGGGAAAAGGCUGAUGGGCGAGUACGGAUCUCUCUAUUGGGUUCCUUGCGCUGCACAUUGCGUAGAUAACAUGCUGGAGGAGUUCGGGAAGAUUGGGUGGAUAAGCGAAACUAUCGAGCGUGCUCAAGCUGUCACAAGAUUCAUUUACAACCGUAGUGAUGUUUUGAGUAUGAUGUGGAAGUUCACUUGUGGCAAUGAUAUCUUGCAGCCGUUGUUUAGCACAUCCGCCACUGGUUUUGCUACGUUGGGUAGAAUGGCUGAGCUCAAGUCCAAUCUGCAGGCUAUGGUUGCUUCACCAGAGUGGAAUGAAUGUGUGUAUUUCAAAGAAGCUAUGACUGCUACAAUCGAUGAUGAAUCCUUUUGGAAGGCUGUAGCUAUGGUGAACGAUUUGGUGGGUCCUCUUUUACGGGUUUUGAGGAUAGCUUGUUCUGAGAAGAGGCCUGGGAUGGGGUAUGUGUAUGCAGCACUGUACCGAGCGAAGGAAGCGAUCAAGAGAGAUAUGGUUAACAAGGAGGAUUACAUGGUGUACUGGAGGAUUAUAGAUCAAUGGUGGGAGCAGCAGCAGCAUGUUCAUUUGUAUGCUGCUAGUUUCUUUCUCAAUCCCAAGUUUUUCUACAGCGCCAGUGAAGAGAUGCGUAGUGAGAUCAUUUCGUUUCCGAUUGACUGCAUUGAGAAUUUGGUUCCUGAUCACGAUACUCAAGAUAAGAUCAGCAAGGAGCUCAACUCUUACAAGAAUGCUGUUGGAGUUUUUGGAAGGAACUUGGCGAUCAGAGCUAGGGACACAAUGCUUCCUGCUGAGUGGUGGUCUACAUAUGGAGAAAGCUGCUUGAACCUCUCACGCUUUGCAAUACGCAUUCUCAGUCAGACGUGCAGCUCAUCGGUUGGAUGCAGGAGAAACCUGAUACCGGUUGAACAAAUAUACCAGGCAAAGAACUCAAUUGAGCAAAAAAGGCUCAGCGAUCUUGUGUUUGUUCAGUACAACAUGCGCCUCAAACAACUGGAUUCUGAAAGCGGAGAUGACACGAUAGAUCCAUUAUCACACAGCAGGAUGGAUGUAGUUAAAGAAUGGGUUUCGAGAGACGAAGCUUGUGUUGAGGAAAAUGGAAGUUCGGACUGGAAGUCACUCGAGUCUGUUAAGAGGACACUUGUACCAACGAUGGAUGAAACAGAUAACUUGGGGUCAGGUUUCGACGAUCCAGAGAUAUUCAAGGUAGAAAAGGAAGUGAGAGAUGAAGGCUACUACGAAAACACAUCAGAGAAGGCAUUUACGUGACGUCUCUGUCUCUUAAGAUUUGGUAUGGUUGGUUUAAGCCUCUUGUCGUCGUCUCUUUGUAAAACUCACCUGGAGAAGGUUGUGUUUGUAGUCCUAGGUUGUGAUUUGUACUUUCAAAGUCUUUUACCAUUGGGAACAUUCAUUGUCCUAUUAUUAGGAUUCAUAGAAUUUGGGUGUUUACUGUCAAGUUCCUGUCCAAGAUUUUAAAAUUGUUUGACAAAAUAAUGUCCGUGUUCUAUUAAUCAGAAUGCCUAAUGUCUCUCAUAA